GGUCAGGUGUACAGAGUCUCAUUCACCCUGGUCAUGACCGCAGCUCCGUGUGGAUAGCUGCGAGCAGGGAGCAGACCGAGUGAGGAGCCGUGACGGGACACAGGAUGGUGAAGUGCUGGAAACUUUCAGAUGGUAGUUUGGAGGAAGCACAGUGCACGGAUGGGGGCUCUGCUGCAUCCCCCCAGUCCCGAUUUCCACACAGGGCAUUCUGGUUCAGCCUCUCUGCAUCUCUGCUCCUUGUCAUCAUCGCCCUCAGUGUAACCAUGCACCUCAGGCUGCCUAAGGCUCACCCUCGGUCUUCCCAGAUUGUCCGAAUCACAGCUCCAGAUCAGACUGGAGCUCUGAUCAACCAAUCAGCUGUUGUAGACCAGAAGAAUGACCUGGUCACAUUUUCUGUGACCUCGCCUGCAAAUCAGACGUCCACUGUGCUCUUUGAUAUAAAAAAUGGUUUGAUAUGUUACAAACCUGAGGACCAGCUGAGCUGCCUCCUGCGUAGAAUGGAGAAGUCUGAUUACGACAACGUGCACUCCAUCCUCCAAGAGUCAACGCACAAGCAGAGCCAGUUCCUGCUUUUAGGGAAUGAGACCCAGAGGCAGACGGAGUUCCUGGGAGUGCUGGCAGCCACUCAGGUGGAUGUGUCUACAUUGGAGGAGCCUCUCCAGUCUCUGUGUCAGGACAGAUCCAUCCAUUGGACCAGGAGGGCUGAGGGUCCGGGUAAACAGAGGCUGGUCUACUUCUGCAUCGACAUCUGCUUCCCCAGCAACAUCUGCGUGUCUGUGUGCUUCUACUACCUACCAGAGUGACUGACUGUUAUUCACCUCCCUCUCCUCCCGGCAAAAGAUCAGGGAAACAAAGUUGUCUUUUUAGCUCCCUCUCCAAGAAAAAAAAAAAAAAACAGAACAAAAAGCAGCUUUGACUGUUUCCUUUGUGCCAUACAGCCGCCAGUAAACCAGUGAAGCAGCCAAGCCUCCCAGUUCAUUUUCCCUCCUUCCGAGAGAGAAGAGAUGGAGACAGGCUGUCACUGUUAUCGGCGGAGCCUCGUUGUCAGCCCCUUCAUGUGUAAUACCCUCUCUGGUGGCACGCUCCAGAGAUUACAGAAGAAAGAUGCCCUUUUUUGUGUUUCCUGUAACCCACUG